CGUUGUAGUAUAGUGGUAAGUAUUCCCGCCUGUCACGCGGGUGACCCGGGUUCGAUCCCCGGCAACGGCGUUCUUUUUUAUUUCUACAUACUUUUUUUGGUCGUAGAAAAGUAAAUCCAAUCUGCUCAAUAAUUCUUUUUGCCAUUUUCAAUCGCGUCUGCAAAACAGAGUUGGAACCCUAAUCAAUCUGCUUAAGCGCAAUUCCCCUCCAUCACUUAGAACCCUAAUUACGCUCACGAGUAGUCGUUUUCUGAGAGGUACGAUGAUCAGAUUGUUCAAAGUAAAAGAACAACAAAAAGCUAAUGAAAAUGCAGGCGGAAAUGGUCCUGUUAACAGGCAGACUGCUGGGGGACUGCGUUUGCGCAGAGACAUCACUGAGCUGAACCUACCUAGAUCUUGUCCAAUUUCUUUUCCCAAUGGGAGUGAUGAUUUGAUGAACUUUGAAAUCACCAUCAAACCAGAUGAAGGAUACUAUCUAGGUGGCAAAUUUUUAUUUUCUUUUCAAGUUUCUCCUUCGUAUCCACACGAACCACCAAAAGUCAAGUGCAAGACAAAGGUAUACCAUCCGAAUAUCGAUUUGGAAGGGAAUGUUUGCCUCAAUAUACUCAGAGAAGAUUGGAAGCCUGUGCUCAACAUUAACACCAUUGUUUAUGGAUUGAUUCAUCUUUUCACGGAGCCCAAUCAUGAGGAUCCACUCAAUCAUGAGGCAGCUGCAGUCUUGAGGGACAACCCAAAGUUAUUCCAAUCAAAUGUGAGAAGGGCUCUAAAUGGCGGGUACGUGGACCAGACAUACUUUCAUAGAUGCACAUAGCACGAUGGCUCCAAAGUUGUGCAUUAGUUUUUUUCCGUUUAAGAUGUGUGCUUGUUGGUUGUAAAUCAUGAUGCUACUACCGGUUAUGGUCAUCUGUGACUAUUGAUGUAUCCAAUAGGUUGGCAUUGCUUUCUGGUUUAGACAAGUUUGAAGUUUGAACCCUAAGCUUCUAACUUCCAACUUGUUUGUCAUCAUUAUCCCAUUUCUUAAAAGGGUAUUACCCUACAAGUACACACAGGGUUGCAAAAGACACUUGCAAACUUGACAUUGAGUAAGAUCUGUUGGGGAUAAUAAUGAUAACGCGGAUCAAUCCAAAGUCGUGUAUAGCACUUUCAAAUUGAAUAUUCGGUUGUUCAAUCCAAAAUUCAAUCGGAUAAAAUUUGAAAGUAACAAGAACGAGGAUGAAAAAAUAAAAGAUAAGUCAAGAUUGGACUUUUUAUGUCACAUGGUCAAAGACGUGGAAUAGAGGCUAGCUCGACAUAGGUGAAGGUAGCACUUGAGAUUGAGCCCCGUUGAACUUUGAGGAACUUUUUAUGUCUCAUGUCAUCGGCAGAGAAAAACCCGAAACCGAAAGAAGGUAGAAAAAAUGAUAACCUACCUA